UGCGUCACACACCACUCAGUACAGUGCGCAGUACACACGGGCUAAAUUGGAAACGCUGCCCGCGGAAUGAUUUAACCACAGUUUAGCUCAAUCGAUGGUAUUAUGGGAUCCGAUACGCCUGUGAUCCCCUCCCGUUCUGCCAUACGUAAUCAUUUGCUGUCUCUCCUAUCCUGCGCGUCACGACGCUCCUGCCCUACAUUCUGCUGCGACGUCCAAUCGCCAUACUGUUUACCCGAUUCCAGCUUUGGCAGCGGAUGUCGUUUGGUUGUUGUGGCGGAGCGUGGUGCGUUGUUGUACGUGUGGUACAUUUCUUAGGCGGACCGAACGGCAGCCGUGUUCAUCUUCCCCGAUUCACGGUCGAUCCUCUCCCCGGCAAGGCUUAGAACUGUCAUCGGUGCGAACACGACCUGUACCGCGUGACGUAGGUGAGAGGAACCACGCAGGGAGGUAGAGAAACGGGGCGGCGUGUGCGCGGAACCCACCGCUUCAUUCUUCAUCCUCUCACGGCGGCCGAGCUCACAGAUCUGCCCCAUGUUGCACGCCGCCUGAUCUGAAGACCCAACGCUUUGUCUUAGGUUCGGUGAAGGCAUCAGUGCUGAAACACCGCUAUAUUUCACCGGAGCUUCGCUGUAACAAGACUUCCAGCUCACGCUUCGAGUUCUCAGGAUUCUGCGCGGAUGGAAAGACUUGAAAACGAGCCAAGAAGAUCGCGACAAGAAGGGACGAAUUAUACCUGCAUUAUAGCCGAGUAGCAGAAGGCUAUUUUCUGGGUCACUGAGAACGCUGUCCUAGACUAAUCGUCAAAGAACAAUCUCUUCUGUCAAACUCUCCACCACACGACAUGGCAACGCUUUGGAGGCCCUUCUCUGAGCUGCUGCCAGAUGGUUCGACCCCGUUACACUUGGCUUGUCGGGAAGGCUUCCAUGAUGUGGUGGACUAUCUCAUUGUCAAGGGUGCAGAUAUCAACAUCAGGGACUCUGCCGGGAAGACAGCUUUGCAAUAUCAGGCACAAGCUGCAAGUAGUACCUUAGCCUCAAAUGGAAGAUUACAAGCAUCAGAAGAACAGUCUGAAGAAGCUGCGGAUGAGCUGAACAUGACAAACCAGCUGAAGGCAAAACCUGAUCCAAGGUGCAAUGGACACGACAGCAUGGAAAACAAGAGGACAUCCGAAUCAGCUAGCACCUCCUCGCUCUCCCAAGACAGUAGACCUCCGCUUGCUGCUAGUACUCCCAAUCUGGUGAAACUGCACAGCUUGAAACAGGUGCUGAGCACCACGCAGGGCAAGAGGAAGAGGGAAGGAAAAGAUCAUAGUCUUUCAGGCAGCAAGAGAAUACCAGGGCAGAACGGUGUUCACAGCUAUGGGGAAGGUACAAGAGUUGUCCCAAGGUGGUCUCCAGAAGCUAAGAGAAUCUCGUCUAAAGACCUGGGCGCUAUUAAACACAUGGGAGGGGAUGACAGACAUACCAGAACGGUUGCUCAGUACACACCAACGCCAAUUGCUACUUUGAACGGAUCCAAAGGGAAGGAGACGGAGAAAACAGGGAUUGAUGAUUUGCCAGAUGAAACCCCCUGCUCGCCUAUGACAGUAACCCUACCUGGCAGUAUCAUCAAUGCUGUCUCAAAGGUGAAUGGGAAUUCGACAAUCAAAAGUAAUAGAACUCCUGAGAAAGAUGAUAGAAAGUCUAUGGCAGUAAGGCCUGACAACAAAGUUGGUUACAGAGAUCCACGGACCACAUUGAGGGAAGGAAGGUAUCCAGGAAUCCAUGUAACCAAAGACCCAAGACUUGCAUCAAGGAAAGCUGUUUCUCCUCUGCUUAAAACAGCGUCAGAAUCAUCAUCAAUUGGUCAUCUUAGAACAAGUGGAGCAGAUUCCAAUCAUGAUAGGGUAAAACCAAUAAGUGAUGAACAUCCUUUGGGAAGUCAGCCAAAGAAAGUGACAGAUGAAAAAGCACCUGAAAGUGGUGUUCGUGACACAGAAAAUUCACAAGGUGUUAGAAGACACAGGGCGCUAAGGGUGUAUUCAUCAAGCAAAAGUAAAGAGAAAAGAAAUGCUUUGAAUUCGAAACAAAAUGCUCGAAGCAUGGCUGAGGAGAUAGCAAGAGAUUUGUUGCACAUAAUUCCCCUUCCUGAAGUCCCAGCUUCAGUGGAGACGUUACAGUCUUCAGAAAGUGUAAGGACCUCGUCUGUCAGAACAUCGAAAGACAACUGUGUAGACACCUCAGAUGAAGAAUCUUUACGUAGACCUCCCCCACUUUUACACAAAAGUAUUUUGACAAGCAUGUCGAGUGAGGUGGAUGCAGAUAGGCAUGACAUUAUCCCAACAAUGACAAGUUCUGCAACAGAGUAUGAGAUGGAGACCCAUCACAAAUCCAGGGCAAAACAUGAGGCGACACAAAAUGACAGCAUGUCUGACCUGACAACGCCGCUGCAGAUUCGUAUCCCUAAACCCAGGGAGGCCAUUCUGCUAGAGGCAUGCCUUACCCCCUGAACUCAGUCCACAGGGGGACAGCCACUUGCUGCAAACCUGUACAGGCGAUGACAAUGGACCGCUGGGACCUGUCCUUGAAGAGGAACGGUUCAGC